AUGCAGCAGGUCCGUGGAAAUUAUGCCGCUUGGUCACACCGCCAAUCACCUUACCUUCCAAAUAAUCCAGCCUUGUUUUCUCGACUGCCAACAUUCAAUGCCCAUCUGCCAUGUCCCGUAAAUUACACAGGUCGUGUUAUAUGGAAUGGAAACAAAUCCAUGAGGCGCAGCGGCAAACGCCGUGUAAAUCGCAAUGAUUCAUCGAAGACAAACCGAUUCACUGGCAACGUUGGACAAUUUCACAUUCCAAAGAGGAGGUUUAGCAGUGGCAGACGUUUCUCCCCUCCGUUAGCGCCGCGCAAUACAACGUCGUUUAUAAUCCGCGCGAAGAAGUCUGGGGGCAUAGCUUCUCUAGUUUCUCCUUGCGUGACGACUCCGACAAUCUUGACAACGCCGACACUGUCACCGUCGACAGAGGUGGUUGUGGAGAUAGCGAAGGAAACUUGGGGAGUUGACGGAUAUGGCACGAUGAAAGGCCUAAUUCGUGUUCGGUCAGGUAAAGAAAAUUCCGACAAAACAGAAAAUGAUGGCAGUGACUGUGAGCAUUUAGAAGUUGAGAAGAGACUGAAUAGUGAUUUGAGUAGGUUUGAGAUGAUAUAUCCAAGUGAAAAUAGUUUAGAAAAUAGGAUUGAUAAACAGGAAUUACGUAUCACACGUCUUGAAGAACAAAAUCUAACACUUAAGGAGAGAAUUUUUGUUAUUGAAGAUGAAUUGAGUGAAUUGAGAAGGCGUGUUCUAUGCUUAGAGAGGGAAUGA